UAUCUUUAAUAUUUAUUAAACGGAAGAUGUCCGAACUACAAAACGUAUCGUGUCUCGGCGGUGGUGUGCAAUUCUGGAAGGAUUUCAUCAAGAUCUAUGAGGAAUCGCCAGCGCUUUGGGAUCCCAGAAGUAUGGCUUAUAAAAAGCCAUAUCUUAAGCGUGAAGCCUACACCAAACUACGCGACAAACUGCGCGAAAUCGAUGCGAAUGUACAAAUCGACUAUGUGAAGCGGCGCAUUAACGGGCUGAGGUCCUGCUAUAGACGCGAACUGCGACGCAUACAGGACAGCAAACGGAAGGGUGAUAAUUUGUACCGGCCAACGCUGUUCUACUUCAAAGAGAUGAAUUUUCUCGAUGACGUGCUCGACAUUGAUAUAGAACGCGACGAGCGCGAGGGCAAAAUAGAACGACGCGGUCGUAAGCCGAACUCAAGCAAUAAGCUUACGAAGAAGCGCGCGCCGCCCGAUUCGACGCAAAGCUCGAGCACUGAUGAAGAUAGCGAAAAGUCUUUAGCAGCCACAUCGCCAAAGCCGCCAACCACGUCACAAACACAACAGCAACAACAGGCCGUCGCUACCGCAAGCAUGCAGCAGUUUAACGUCUUGCCGCUGCAAAGCACGAGCGCCGCUGCUGGCGUCACCAAUACACAAGCGCUGACAGCAUCACUCUCGAUUGAAGCACAGACUUUAGGCGCUAGCUGGGUGGCGCUCUAUCAUCGCCUGGAGCGCGAUCAGCAGCUCUAUGCGAAUAAAGCCAUAAUGGAGGUUUUGUAUCAGGGCGCGCUGGGCCGGCUGCACGCGGACUCCUACAAAUCGCUGGAGCGUGAUAUGAGCCACAAUUUUCUCGACGAUCAUCGUAUUAUGGACGCGAUCAACGAGGAAUUGGCCACCGAUUUUAUAACAAAAGCGGAUGUGGAGAGUUUCUAUUGAGAAAUUUGUUAUUAUUUUUUUUUUGUGGUUAAUUUUUGAUACACAGGGGUUUUUAGAAGUAUGGAAAAAUGUAAC